GGUUGACGUUGAGCAUGAGAGAGUGAAAGUGGUGCUUGCUGAACAUUGAGAAACCGCGCUCAGGCCGUCGGGGAUGGUUUCGCCGACCCCGCUGCUUUUUCAGAGCAUCACAGGGACCUGACAUCACUACCUCAAAGCCACGCAGCGGUGCGACUGAAUCGAAAUGCCUCGUGAAGCCGAGAUCUCUAUCAACGAGCGCGAGUUCAUCAAGCAAGCGCUGCAGGAGCAGAUUCGUCUCGAUGGACGCGCAUUCGACGCAUUCCGCUCUCUAGAGCUCACUUUUGGCGAAGAAUAUGGCGUUGCAGAUGUGCAGUUGGGCAAGACGAGAGUUAUUGCCCGCAUCUCAGUCGACGUAGUCACGCCAGCACCGGAGCGCAAGUUCGAUGGAGUGUUCCAGAUCGUCACCGAGUUCUCGCCCAUGGCCUCGCCGGCUUUCGAGGUUGGGCGACCCACGGACGCUGAGGUUAUCCUCUCGCGCAUUCUCGAGAAAGCGAUCCGCCGCUCAAACGCCCUCGACACCGAAUCGCUCUGCAUCAUUGCUGGGCAAAAGUGCUUUGCCCUUCGCGCCGACGUACAUAUCAUCGAUCACGACGGAGGGCUGAUCGAUGCCUCGUGCAUUGCUGUUAUGGCUGCGCUCCAACAUUUCAGGCGACCGGACGUACAGGUCGAGGGCGAGAAGGCCAUUAUCCUGAGCGUACGCGAGCGCGAACCGAUUCCUCUCUCAAUCCUGCAUCAGCCGCUCUGCGUUACCUUUUCAUACUUCGAAGAGGGCGAGAUUUACUUGGUCGAUGCAAACAUCGCUGAGGAGCAGGUGCGCGAUGGGCAGGUUAUCAUCACCAUGAACAAGCACGGUGAAGUCUGCCAAAUUGCCAAGUACGGAGGCGCAACCAUAAAUCCAUUGGCUAUCCUACACUGCACCAAUGUUGCGCUGGAAAAGGUCAAGCAAAUGACCAAGUUCAUCCAGCGAAAGCUUGACGAGGAUAACAACAGGAGGAAUCCGAAGAGCUUGAUGAAUGAGCUCAGUGCUGAGAACGCAAGAGAAAAUGCAGCCAUCCCAGGCUGAGCAGUCACAGAUGCACGUCUUACACAUCACGACGCAUCCAGCCCGC